AAUUUGAACUCACUAACACUGACGAUACUAGCAUUAUUAUAUAUUAUAUAUUUACAUAUUUUGCUUAGAAUAAACAACUAUAUAAAGCGUCUUUUAUUUGUUGUCAUAAGUUUUCAAGAAUGCUUUUAUGUAAACGAAGUGAUAGCUUGAUAAAAAGGUAUUACAAACGUACCUGUAAAAUGUGUUAUGCACAAUUUGCUACGACAAAUUUGAAAGAAUGGAAGCCUACAAUAGGUCUGGAGAUACAUGCACAAAUUUCUACAGAAUCUAAAUUAUUUUCUGGAUCUUCCACAAAUUUCAAGAGUCCAACUAAUUCUUGUGUAUCACUUUUCGAUUCUGCAAUACCUGGAACAAUGCCAGUAUUAAACAAAAGAUGUGUAGAAGCUGGAGUAUUGACUGCUCUGGCUCUUUCUUGUGAAGUAAAUGCAGUCUCAAUGUUUGAGAGGAAGCAUUACUUUUAUUCUGACUUACCUGCCGGCUUUCAAAUUACACAACAAGUAAAACCUUUGGCUAUUAAUGGAGAAGUCAAGUUUACUGUAUUUAAAUCUGGGUCACGUACAGACACUUAUUCUAAAUCGUCAAAAAUUAAACAGAUACAACUUGAACAAGACAGUGGAAGAAGCUUGCACGAUGAAACUCUUAAAAAAAGUUUAAUUGAUCUGAAUCGAGCUGGGAUACCCUUAAUGGAAUUAGUAUUUGAACCCGACUUAAAUAGUGGAGACGAAGCAGCAGCUCUUGUAAAGGAAUUAUGUUUCAUUUUGGAGUUAUUAGGCACAUGUACAUGUAAAAUGGAAGAAGGAGCUUUGAGGGUUGAUGCAAAUGUUUCCAUAAGUAAACCUGAUGCGCCUUUAGGCACUCGUACUGAAUUGAAGAAUAUUGGAAGCAUAAGUGCAGUUAAUCAUGCUAUAGAUCAUGAGAUACACAGGCAGAUUUUGAUUGUAGAAGCAGGAGGACAAGUUAUUAAUGAGACCCGAGCAUGGGAUCCAAUAAAUAAAAAAACAGUUCUUAUGCGCGAGAAAGAAGAUAGACAUGAUUAUCGUUUCAUGCCUGAACCGAAUUUACCUCCGUUACGCUUGUAUACUGAUGGGAGUACGGAAAAUAAGUUGAAUUUAAUCGACGUGUUAUCUUUAAAAGAAAAAUUACCGGAACUGCCAGAACAAAUACGACAACAAUUAAAAGAUCGUGGUCUUACGGAAUAUUCAUAUGUAGGAAUAACGAGUGAUUUGAAAAUGUUUGCAUUGUUUCGCAAUAUACUGAAUAACGGAAAACAUCGCCAAGCACAGUUGGUUGCUCAACUUCUUACUACAGAAGUUCUGGCAUUUUUAGACGAUCAUGAACUGGAUCUUACAUUUUGUUUAAAUAAUCAAAAGUAUAUUGAGGAACUGUUGGACUUGGUACAUUUUGAAACAAUAAAUCAAACAACAUUCAGAAUGUUGUUGGACGAAAUACUUAAUCAACCAAAUAAAAUGCCAAAACAGAUUGUUGAAGAGAAUAAUUGGUACAUGAUAUCGGAGGAAAGUAGAUUAGAAGCGAUAUGUUCAGAAGUUCUUAAAAAGAAUCCAAAACUAGUCAGAAAGUACAAACAGGGAAACAAGAAAAGAGCAUUCAGGAAAUGUCUACACGAAGUAGUUUUAGCUACCGAAGGUCGUGCGAAUAUGCGAAAAGUGUCAGACAUUAUGACGAGGUUGUUGAGUUAAUUUCGAACGAUUUCACAACUGUUUUUGUGGUACAAAUAUUUUAAUAAUAAUAUUGUAAAUAGUUAA